AUGCCCAAUCAACUAGAGGCAUUCUCACCCAAGGUGGUCGCCGUAGUAUGUUUUUACAUUGUCGCUGCGUUGGUUAUGGUCUUGGUAAACAAGGCCGUCCUCAACCAAACGCCUGACCUUCCGUUUACCUUCCUGUGCAUCCAAUUUUGCAUAGCAGUCCUUCUAUUACGCGCGCUCGUCCUCAUCUCCGACUCCCCGCUGCACCGAAUAAUACGCUUCCGACUGGAGCUGCCUGUGCUAGAUCGUGCGACCGCCACAAAGCUCAUACCCCUUCUGUGUGUCGGAUUCAUCGGCUUGGUGUUCAACACACUUUGUUUAGCCAAGGUUGACGCCACAUUCUUCCAAAUUACACGUGGACUUCUCCUCCCGUUCACAAUACUGGUAUCGUCGCUGGUCACCCGAUCUUUCCCAGCCAAGACGGUCAUCGCUGCAACCGUUGUCGUCACCAUUGGUUUCAUCGUGGGUUCCGCAGAAUCAUUCUCUUCGUAUGCCAUUGAUCCAGAGGCGCUCCGAGCAGUCUUCUAUGGUCUCAUCUCAUGCCUCGUUCUCGCGAUCUACACUGUCAUGAGCAAGGUCGCGACCACCACAAUGAAGCACUCUGUUUUCGUCAUCUCUUACUGGGGAAACCUUGGGAUGGCAACCAUGACCCUGCCGCUCAUAAUCUGCAACGGGGAAAUCGCUGUGUUCCAGCAACGAAUAGCCAACCCCGAGCAAGAGUGGACCACUUUCGUCGUCGGGUGUGGCGUCACCGGCAUUUUCGGAUUCCUCUUGAGCCUGGCGAACAUUCUCUCGAUCAAGGUGACCAACCCGACAUCGCACAUGUUCUCCGCGGCCGCCAAAACCGUCAUUCAAACUCUGAUUGGCGUCCUGUUUUUUGGGGACCUGCUUGAUGUGUCUCGUGCGACCGGCAUCCUCCUCAUUACCGCGGGGACAAUAUUCUACACAUGGGCCCAAAUACGCCCACACCCGCAGCAGCCAUCUUACGAAGCAGUUCCGACCCUAGAUGAUGUUGAGAAGCAGACUGGCGAGACAGAUGACGAAGAGGACGAUGAUAUAGAAAAGGACUUGACUGAGAUGAAGAUUAGAUAG